AUAGUAAAAAUAUACCGCUUAAUUUGAUUAGCUGGAUGUGACCUUGGCACAUGUAACUUACUGGUCAUUUCAGGAAGGUUUCAUUGUAGAAGUUGGCAUUCAGUUUAUAUACAAGGCUUGGAUUGGAGUAACUUUAUUACCUAGUCUCUUACAAAUGAAUGUUUACCAGUUCCCUCCUCACUGCUUCAGAAUUCAACGGGCGGUUUCAUGCGUUAUUCGACAUAGCUUCCAUAACUUCUGCGAUAAACACCAAGCUAUGGUCUGGUGUUAUAAGAUAACGGUGUUUUUAAGAUGUAAAUGGAUGUGAUGGUUGGUUUCAGUACCUGCACAUCAUCAUAGUACCUAUUAGUCGGUGAAUCGCUGACAACUUGACUUAUCUGAAGCUUGUAUUAUUAUGAUUAUCCUUCAGAUCUGAUGUUAUAUUCUUCACACUAACUGCCGUUUUAAUUUCACGUCGACUCAAACGACUCUGGUCGGCGUGAGGUGCUUUAAGUAUCCUUCGUGAACAAAUCCUACUUAUAGUCACUAAAUCAAAUAUAUUCGAUUCGAUGAUUACCCUUGUUGAUAUUUUCCUUUGUGCAGAAUCAAGUCUUUCAUGGUUGGUCUUAUCUAUGUCAGGCGUGUAGUUCGACGUAAUAGGUUGUAGUUUCGAAUGACUAAGAUAUCCUAAGAAAUCAUUAUCUCGACCGUAAUAUUUGGCAGCGUAGUAAUUUUUUGUAUGCUUUUUAAAAUCUAAGCGGAUGAUAUUUUACAUAUAAACUCCAGUCUCUUUUUUAUGAAGGAAAUCAGUUACCUGUAAUUCUAAGUUUUAUUAUCUGACUACUAACCAUCGUUAUUGGCAACGCUCGUAUAAAGAAAAGUAGACCAAGCAGUAUUAGAAUGUGGUAUAUGGUUUGCAAGUCUGAUAAAGACCUGGAGUAACUUUCUUCCAGUAUUCAUUUCUAGGAAAUAACAGUUUUUAAAUACAAAAUGAACUGUCUGCCGAUCAUCGUUUCAGAUAUACUAGUGUGGCUUUAAAAAAUCUGGGGAAAACAUUUAUUUUCGCUGUCUGUUUUGAAAUGACAAAUAUCCGGAAACUCGUCUCCCUGUGUUUGAGAAGGCGAAGUCCUGCCAGUAAUUUUGAUCAAUAAUUGGACUCGUAGUGAAGUGGCUCAGACGCAUCCAUUCCUUAUUUUCUGGGUUUCGGGUUUCGUUGUUUCAUACCUUCUAUUCCACAAAUAUAUUCGUACAUUUUAGAACUUAUUCUUUAUAAGUAUGUUACAAUUGUGGAUAGUAAUCAAUCUUCAUGGAGUGAAUAAAUGAAAAAUAUUUCCUCAAGUUCUAGUGGACCAGUGGCUUAGUGAUUAGGACGUCUAAUGCUCCCCUCCUAAAUCACAGGUUCGAACCCCGUUUCACGUACUUCUGUUUUAGUAACCAUGUGUUACCAGCCCUCACACUUAAAGAGUAACACACCUAAAUACCUAGUAAACGAGCAAGUAAGGUGAGUAGGUAUGGUCAAUGGGGUUACUAUUUUGACUUUUUUGUUUAUCUUGUUGAUUCCUCUUCACUGUAUCUAUAUAGUUUGUGAACGUAUACUGAUACAUUUUUAUCUUAAGUUCUAUGUUAAUUUCGGCUGAUUCAAGCGUUGAAAAGUAACAUCAUCGAUAUAACCUUAGUAAGAGUUUUAGUGAUUUCAUACUCAUCGCAAACUAGUUUUGAAACUCCUAAAGUAUUUAUAUCUUGUUUGGUUCGAAGUGGGAGAAUUGUUGAUAACAUUUAGUGUUCUGGGCAAUAACUGUAUAAAACUGGCAUCUAUAGAUUCAUCACUACUUUCUGGUUUGGUUUUUUUAAUUUUGCAUCUUAGUAGUGUUGAAUGUUAACAGGGAUGACAUAAAAUAGAAGCCUGCUAGAAUCUUGCGGUUGUAUUUUACUAUGUUCUUCGUAAAAGUUGAAUCAAUCUCCCAAUUGAAGUGCAUCUCUCACUAGCUACCGUUCAUACCUACUUAUUCAUUGAUUUUGUAACCCUCUGUCUUUCACAAUACUACCAUCCCACCUUGUUUAAUACACUUUUUUGAUGUAAUAUACCAAAAUUUUUGUAAUAUUGGUAAACUAUAUAUUGUUAUCGGAUGUUUGUGUUAUACAAGUUCUUGUAUGUGUUUUGUUACUCCUACUUAUUGCAAUACCUGGUUCUGACGUACUAACUUUAUUAUAGUAAUGUAUUAAGAUAAGUAUGUUUGUGUUUCUUACAAUUCGUAACUUUUUAAAUAAUUUCUUUGUAUAUCUUGUAGAUAUUGAUCGUGUUACUCUUGUACUUAUUUUAUACCGGGCUUGACUGAUCCUGUAUUGUUCAGAACCUAUUUGAUAGGAUUAUUUUGUCAAACCCUAAUGGAACAAGCUUGUGUCAAGUCUUCUCAGCACCGUCUAGAUGACUGGUUAAUUAUUCUCAAAGAACAUCAUAUUUUAAAAUCUCUUGGCGAAGAAAGAGAGGCGUUUGAAAGAAGUUUAGAACUUCCAACGAUUCCUGAAAUGAUAUUCGAUCAAAAUUCCUUAUCAAUUUGUUUCUGUCAACCAAAUAAUGAACAAAUAUGCAAAAUUGAAUUUAAUGCACUUGAUGCUCUUAAAUUAGUCGACCCAAAGAAUAUAACUAUAGAGGUACCAUUUGCAAAGGACUGGAGAGAUUCUCGAAUUACUAAUCAAGAAGACAUACUGCCACAUAAACCAUAUGACUGGACUUUCACUACUCCGUAUACAGGCACUUUGUCUGGUCCCUGGAGUAUAUCUCCAACUUCUGAGGGUUUAGAUAUGGAGUAUUUACGUCGGAAAGAUCCUAUUCGCUUUUUUGUCAAUACAACGCUAUAUGAAGAUGAACUAGGUGAUAAUGGUGUAUCUAUUCUGAAUAUAAAGUUUCGCGCAAUGUCUUCUGGUUUCUUUUUAUUACAACGUUUUUUCUUACGUAUUGAUGGUGGACUAAUACGAGUGUAUGAUACUCGACUACAAUGGCGUCAAAAUGAUAGUUAUUUAAUUCGUGAUAUACGCCGAAUGGAAAGUUCAUCUUGGAGAGAAGAUAUGGUUGGCAUCAGUUUAGAAAUAGCAGAUCAACUAUGUGAUACAGUUAUAGAGCAUUAUACAGAAAAACUUGUACCACCAUAUGUAAAUUCACCCUAAAAUUAUCAAUAAUUUAUGUAAAUAGUAUUAUGUGUUCAAUUAUUUCUAUCGAAUUGUUUGUUAUACAAGUUUGUAAAUUAUUGAACAUUAUUUCUACACAUAUUUGUUUUUCAUAAUCAAAGUGGUUGGUUAGUUCAAUGAACUAUAUACAUUAGAGUAUUAACGUGGAUGCUCACUGCUGAGGAGUCCCAUACUAGGACGAAAUGGCCGUCAAGUGCUUUAAGGUUUUUCAUGGUGGUCUAGCUUCAAUUGACUCAUGAUCUCAACUAUUGAAAUUACUAAAAUCUCCACAAAACCCCUUCUGAUAUUGACGUUUUAGUUGACCACUUCAUCUAAAAUAAUCUAUCUUCUUCAACCUAAAUGAUUGAACAGUAUUGUCAGCCUUCUAAUCAUAAUACAUGUAAGUUUUGGAAUACCUAACAUUGAAUUUAGAAAAUCCAUUUUAAGAUAGUCAUUCUUACACCUUAAUGUCAGCUAGAAAACCAGCUAAAAUAAGAUGUAGCUCUGUAUAUAUUCCUUUCUAACUUUAAGUUUCUCAUCUAUAAACACCUUACUAAAUUAUUUGGAAUGGAAAUUAGGACCUCCAGGUUGAAUGACUAUCAGAAUAACUAAGUUUAAAUAGUGUGUUGUGGUUCGCAUCUGUUGGGGGUGUUAGAUCCGCAGAGCUCACUUGGUUAAUAUCCUAUUUUUGUAAUUCCAUUUUAAGAAUUUGAAUUUCUUGUUUUUGCGCCAAAAGCGCUUAUUUUUUACCUUCAUGUCGUAUUUCCUACUUGGGAGGAUCUUAAACGCUAUUGGUUCGUUGUAUCCUUUAGUACGCUAUUUUGUGGCGCUUCCCAAGGACAUUCUUAUGCUGUAUAUCAUACGCUUGAUUUGUGUUUGCUGUUGUUGUUCGUGCUUCUGGUUGCUUGUGGAAUUUAUUUCCUUCUUCCGAACUUGAACGUCUCCCUCUAGUUAGCGGGGCUGGGACGCGUCGGGAUAGCUAGCUCAUCUGUCAUUGUGUCACAGUCUUCGUUCUGUUUUCAGAUUAGGUGAACUAGUAAUCUGUCCAAACAUAGCAACAUCCUCAAUUUUAUAAUAACGAUCAUCCAAUUUCAUCAAUGAUACGUGUAUCACUUCCGGUAUGUUCGGUUUCUAUCUGUUACUAGUUCGUACGAAGACUUCUAUAAUCUAUCUGGAAUUUUGUUACUGAUAUGAGUUAACACCCAUAAACGAUCUAAGUAUACACUAUAGACUAGUUAUUACGUUGGACCCAUUCAUCACAUUUGUUGUGGAGACGGCAUUCUCAAAUGCAAC